AUGAGUACUUACCUCCAUGCUAUUGGGGGUACUACCACCUGCGCCGUUCCAUCCGGAGGAUCGAGGUUUUGCCAUUCUGUAUCUCCGUAUGGCCACAACGUCACCUGGCAUGGGGCGGUGAAUGGCGUGUCCUACGCACAAUCGAACUGUGCUAAUGUCGCAGACGGUGGAGUACUAUGGGUUCUGAAUAUUAAUAACUGCAAAUUCCUGAACCCUUGGUUCCCACAUUGGCAUUUUAUGGAGGCUCAAAUGCUGCCUUGGGGAAAUGAGAACCUCAUCGUCACGAUCCGCAACAAUCCCUCGAUGUACUUCAAGAAUGCGCAUCGAUAUUCAUCCUCCCGGCGUCCUGACUCGUACUACUGCACUUACCUACUACCUAGGGUUUACGUGGUCAACCCCAUCCGCAUUCUCCAGCUUCCUGCGAGUAUGGCCUCUGUAAAGGUCGGGAUGCCGUUCGAAAAUUGCGUUGACCUCUCAGGCUGCCCCGAUGCUAAUUUUGUGCGAUAG